CUACUUUAAACCCUAAUCGUUUCACUACUUAGAAGGUGACCCCACGACUCAACAUUCAAUAUGCAGACGAAUGAAAAAAGAUAUGAGGAUUUCAUAAUACUUUAAAAUUCUUAUACUCAUAAUACUUUAAAAUUCUUAUACUCUUAAAUUCAAUAUAACUUUUUAUAAGGCAUGAGUUGAACGCGGAGUAAACAAAAAUAUGUGUAUGUAUAUAUAUGUGGAAUUUCUUAAUUUUGUAAUAUGCAAAUACCUUCAAACUACCUGAAAUAUCAUCCUGCAAAACAUUCAAGAGAAAGACUUAGUUACAUUUGGCAUCUGGCUGCAGUUAUUACUCUUUCAGUUUCAGGAAUAUAAAGACCACAACCAGAGUAUUCAAAUUUACUAAAAUCAAGUUGAUAUGUAGCUAAAGUUUGAUUAUAUUAUAAUUAAUAUUUGAACGCUGACGUUUUAACCUCUACCGACUUUUAAAUUAAGAAGUAAUUUCUUGUCAAUACGAUUCAGCACAAGACCUCAAGCCCCAAGCAUCACAUCUUGUUUCUGCCUCCCAAUUUCAUAGCUUCUUAAUACGUAAAUGAUCUUACCCGUAUCUCCUCUAUUAUUUGACGCAAAAUGACCAUAGAAAACUAUGCUAUCGAGUUGGAUAGAAAGGAUUUGGUUUAUACACUGGGAGACUACGUAUCCGGUGAAGUCAGGUUUACACUGACCAAAGAAAUCCGUGUUCGGGAGAUCUACCUCCAUUUCUUUGGUCGAGGAAAGGUUGAAGUCAUGGAAGGAAGAACCACAUUUAUUGGCAAGCAGGAAUAUUACAGACAUGUGGCAGAACUUUUAGACAAAGAAAAAGUGGCCGGGAUGAAUGGAAUAUUGAAGCCUGGUGAGUACAAGUACCCAUUCUCCUUCGAGCUCCCGUUUGACGGCGACCUGCCUGGGACGUACGAAGCGAAGCACGGCUACAUUAAGUACUCACUAGAGGCUUUGAUUGACAGGCCUUUGAUGACGCCUGCUAAGACUGGCACGCUAAUCACUGUCAUAGACUACGUGGAAAUCGACAAGACGCUCCUGGAACCGCGUCAAAAACAAGAAAACUGGCAUGUGGGCUACAACUGUUGUGCAUCAGGUUCCUUGACUGUCACGGCCAAAAUUGACCGCGCAGGUUUUUACAUUGGGGACGAGGCCCAGGUCACGGUCUUCCUAGAUAAUCAGAGUACCCGUGACGUCACAGACGUAGAGAUUUGCCUCUUUCAGUUUACUACUUAUAUCUACGGCACAGAUGAGAACGAAUACCAAGUUAAGGACCGUUUAAUUGACAGCGUGAAACGCGAGGGUGUGGCUCGUGGAAAGGAAGUUAUUAUCGAUGACGUUACAAUUACUAUUCCGCAGCUACGGCCCACCAGCUUGUAUGGCAUAAUCACCACGGCCUACACCAUAGAGGUUAUCAUUAACAUCAAAGGGCGCUGCGUAGAGUCCGCUCACAUCCCCCUCCCAAUCAUCAUCGGCAGCAUUAAAACACCAAAAGGAGAAAAGUUGCCAUUGAUACAGGAAAUUACUUAUGGCCGACAGAAAGACAGUCAAGAAAGUACUGAGACAAAUAUUGAAAACGCCAAUAAAGAUAUCGCCGUAGAACAAGGUAUGGAAGGCUGUAAGAAAAAAAUUAUGGAAAAAGACAUCGUGGUGAGCGCCUGUGCUCUUGGGAAUACCGGAAAGAGCGAAAUAACAGUCGAAGUGAAAAGAUCUAUCCCUGUAAAAGCAUCAACGAAAAAGGAAGGUAAAGGUAAAGCUGAGAAAAAGAAUACAAAACAAACCGUAGAGGAAAAUAUCGCCAAGGAAGAAAGCCUCGUCAAAGUUGAUAACGUGAGUAAAGACGGGGACUCUAGAGCGAACCCAGAAGACCUGUGAGAAGGAAGGAAAAUCAAAGAUGUGGGGGAUAUAAUUUUGAACAAUUUUAAUGUUUUAUCAUUAUUCUUUUAAUAGACAGAACCAACGUUGUUGACAAUUCUAAAAUGUUAUACUUGAGUAAAAUAAGUAAAGUGAACAACGUUUAUUUACGUCUUGUUAUCGUGUGACUAUAUGACCUCCCAGCGGCCCUAGUUCUCGGAAAAGUUUGUUUACCGUUUGUUGAGACUGUAGAUCGUUUCACAGAUAGAUAUAAAUGAACAUGCAAAGCUGUA